AUGGCAGGUGGUAGCGAAAGUGAGAAGAACAAAGUUUUUGGUAUCCUUGAACAACAGGGACACAAACUGUCCGGCGAGGCUAAGCACGUCGGUAAUGUUUUGAAGCAGGCUGUCUCUCCUGACGGCCAUCAUGGCUCUAGUAACAAAGAUAAGGAACACCACCAUGACGAGUCGUACAAACCACUAGUUGGUGCUGGCGAGAAGUGGAAGCAGAAAUCGGAGCAUCACAAGGAUUAA